CAGUAGUCAUUGUUUUGACCAAUUGAAUAAAAAAAAUUUCUUCAAUCACGACAGUUUAUUCUCAAUUUGCCGUAGUUGGCUUUUCAUCAUCGGAUAUAGAAUUUUUUAUCUCGGUCUGAAAUUUACAGGUUCACAGAAUGACUGACUUCGACAUGACACUGUUUGCGGGAUCCGCCAUCGCACAGGGUGCGGGCAAACUGAGUAAUAUAGACGAAUGGUGUCCGACUACGAAAGAGAGGCGCUGGCUCCUCAUUGCAGGGUCCAGCCACUCCCCUGAUGCUGUCACUCUGUCAGAAAAAGGAGAGAGGGAAGCGAGAAGUGUUGCACAGGGCGAGAGAAGAAGUACCUUUCUGAAAGGAGUGAGCAAUGAUUUUGUCAACAUGGAACGCGCAGUUGGCCACACCCUAAAAAACAAAAUCCAGAACCUCGAAAUGGAAAAACGAGAAGUGGAAAAUCACAUAAAGAAAUUCUUUGCCUUCUGCAAAACGAACAAGUUCAAACCGAUGCUGUACUACAGCGGUCACGGUGAACUGCCAACUGGGAAUUGGUGUUUCUCUGACGGGGUAGUUGGAAUUGAGGAAAUUCUGGAAUGGAUGCCAGCUGGCAUGACUCCGCCUACUAUCGUCAGUGAUGCCUGUUUUAGUGGAACAUGGUCUCAUUUUUGCACUCAGAAGCAAAUUGAAGGAUUCGAUUGUCUUUCUGCAACUCAAGAUUAUCAAGCUGCAUACGACCAAGGGGAUAAAGGAGGAGAGUUGACACUCUACAUAACGGGUCACGGGGACCUACUGCCUGAUGGAAGACCAACAACAUAUCCACUGUACAGCAGAGGGACAGACGUGGAUUUCAGAGACCAAAAGAAAUACAAUAAAGUUACUUACAUUGAUUUUGUCAAAUAUCACACAUUCAAUGACAACAACAUUCUUCUUUACCAAUGUGUGGACGACAACCACGUGAUUGCCGUGUUUGGUUCGUAUGCAAAAUAUAAGAACAAGAAGAAAGCUUUUUGGUGCAGUGCAAAUUAUGAAGAGUUUACGAAAGAGAUGAAAACACACAAAAAGUCGGGCAAGUUUAUUUUCUCUAUCGCAGCAGAUCAAUACACUGGUAAAAUAUACACUUACACGAUGGAGGGUCAUGGUAAUUUCCAGACAAUGCUGACUUCAGAUAGCCCAAAAGAUUUAGAGUCUGAAGAUCUUUCAAUAACAGACUGUUUUGCUCUGAACUCCAAGUAUUAUUUUGUACUGACAGCCGGAGUAGAAGAAUUCGAAGGCAAGACACAAAAAGUGCUGACUGCAAAGACCAGAGCAGAUCUGGAGACUGAGAUCCAGAAGUACAAAUCAAAGGGCAUGAUCAUUACUUCAGUCUGUAUCAAUGUUGAGAAAGAAGAGUACCUUAUUGUCAUGACUGAAUCAGACCUUCCUCAGGAACACAAGUGGUUUGCAGAAGAAGGAAAGGAGUGGGAUAAUUGGAGCAGAGAGAUGUAUUACAAAAAUUAUUAUUAUAAAAUACGAUUUGUGGAUCCAUUCGAUGAUCAUGAAUUGUGUGUAAGGGUAAAAGACAGCAACCUAACUGCCGCGCCUUCUGUUCCCGCCCAUCUCUACAGUUAAAUGCAAACUCUCUUGCACAUGGCACUCCUCAUUCUAUCAACAAACUCAAUUAAGCCCUCGCACAAACAGAUUCUUUCGGUUCUUUUGUUCUAACAGUAUUUUUUGUUGAGCUAACAUAUUAUAUUUUUGCUGUUUUUAAUAAAUAAAAGUAUUUAGCCGUCUUUGUAAUCGAUUUUUAAUGUUUUUUAACAUUUUUAAUUUAAAAGACUACCUAAU